AUGAAGAAACUGUCAGAACUUACAAAAGUACAAGAAUCGGGUUUGAAAGCAGUGAAGCACUAUAACUAUGUCCUCGGGAACUUUCGCGAUUCGAUGAAAAAAGUCGAACGCGACAAACCCGAAUUGAAGGAAACUAUUACGAAAAUCCGUGACGAAAUGACUGACGCUCGUACAAAAUUGAAGGAGUUAGAGGCCGAACUUCCAGUGCAGGAUAACGGCUUUUACCUCUCAUUGAUCUUAGGAAAGAAUCUCAACCUUUCAUUGUUGUCAAAGUCCGAUAAAUAUAGGUAUAAGCAGGACUACGAGGCAUUCAAAUGGCGAGUAACGAUAGCCAUUGUCGUUGUUGUUUUGCUUUCUUUUUUGUUCCCUGUGAGGUUGAUGGACUCUAUUGGCAACUUCCUCAUGGUUUGGUAUUAUUGCACACUGACAAUUCGUGAAAACAUUCUUACUAUCAACGGAUCUCGGAAAGUUUUAAUAAAAGGCUGGUGGGUAAUGCAUCACUACUUGUCAUGUGUCUUGUGUGGAAUAGUGUUAACAUGGAGGGAUGGCGAAUGCUAUCAGUCCUUUCGUCAACAGUUUCUUCUUUUUGUUUUCUACAUCGCAUUUAUACAAAUCCUUCAGUCACAAUACCAAACUGGAUGUCUUCGUCGGCUUCAUUCGUUGGGCCAAGGUCACCAAAUGGAUAUCACUGUUGAAGGUUUCACAAGUUUCAUGUUCAAAGGUCUCACGUUCCUAUUGCCGUUUUUGAUUACUGGCUAUGUAAGUGUUCUUUUUAGUAAUAUUUUGGCGUUUUAUGGAUAUAGGAAUGAAACUAAUAACACUGACGCUGUGCAGUAUAAACAGAGUCGUUAG